GCUUAUGGUGACUGCCAGCAUACCUUGACUUGUGACUGCACAACUUCAAUCUUGAAGGAAGAUCCUUUCUCUGCUGUUUUCCAUUCUACUCUGUGUUCCAGAGGAGCACAGGCAGCUAGGAGGCUGACCUCAGUGGACUCCAUCAGUGGGAUCCCUUGUCUUCUGGCUUCGGGUUCAGUUAUUUCUGGGAUCGGAAGAUCAGCAAGCAGGAGGAGAGGGAGUUCAUCUUCAUUUCUCCCAUCUUCCUUUCUGGUGGUUGCUCCAGGCUGACUGAGUUUGUCCCCUGAAGAAUACAGCUCCUGUUGCAUCCGCAGAGAGAAGAAGCUGCCCAAGAAUGGAAAGGAAGAAAUAUAUCACAUCAUCUGUCUGUCCACAGGCUUUCCUUGGGGCUUAUGAAGAUUUUGACAUUAUUGAAAUUAUUGGAAUUACUUUGAGGAACUUUGCCUGUUGAGUGUCUUAUAUGCACUGAAGAACUUGCCCCAUUUGCAGAUUCAAGAGGAGAUAGAGUCAUAAUUCUCUACGGAAUGAGGAGACAUGAGAGAGAAAAUGUGCACGUCGUCUCCCAGACUGCCAAGAAUAAGCUGGCAAACCUUCGAGUGGUGAAGGCUGGACACAUGCCUAUUUCCUCGUGGCAGUGAUUCUUCCCCCUCUUUGGAUUCAGAAGGAUGGCAUAGAUAUCUUAAAAACACUACUACCUCCUCCAUUAGAUUAUAAGGUAUAUCCUUUCGAGAAGUAAUGGAGUCCAGUCAACCUAACUUCACUGAUCUCCAAGGACUAUUGAAAAUUAUAAAGCUUGCUGUGAGGUUCUGACAUGCCAGAAGCCACUGAAAAAGAAGUUUGAUAUCCAGUGGUUCUCCUCAUCCUAGGAUAAGAAACCAAAAUGAUACCUUCAGUCAGCUGGCCCUCUCCUCAGGUGUACAUCAUCUAUUAUCAUUUCACCUGUUUUGAUUCUCUGAUGAGGAAGGUCCCAGGACUUAUCAGCUGGGAUAGGCCUCAUUUACAAGACAGCUCUGUUCAGUAUGUGGAAGAAAGCCUGACAGGUUUCUCCGGAAAAGUGACCAUCCAUGGAAUGAAUGAAAUGUUCCCUUUCUAUUCCAGGCUAAUGUUUUGUUGAACACAUUCUGGGAAAUUCUCCUCUAAUAGACCUUUCACACACUCACACAAAGACAGCCCUAUAAGUUGCUGUGAAUGGCUUGGAACAUGCAAAAUAUGCUAAGCAAGAAAGAGCCUGUACCUGAAGAGUUAGCAGUUGAAAGGCACAAAGAGGGGAUUGCAGUGGCAAAGCUAGGCUAGGUCUUGGAGGCUGGUGUAAGGCGAAGCGGGUGAAGGCAGGAGGCUGAUGGAGAGACUGGGGGGAAGAAAAGCCGAAAUGGAUUCACUGUGCCUUGGAUGGAGGACGAGAGGGGAAUUGCAAGCUCCUUCAGCUCGUUCUGUCCGGUGAGAAGUGAUCAAGCUUGGGCUGACAAGAGGCUCAGGGAGCCCUCACGUUCUUUCGCUUUUUUACCUGCCAAUCAAACUGCUACAAGACAACACCCUGAUCUGGCAUGGACAUUCAAGUGCAUUUUAGCCACAAAGAUCCCAACAAGAGAGUGGAAGGAAACUUAGACGGGGCUUUGUUUGACUCCGUGUAGCGACAACAAGAGAAACAAAACUACCUAUUUGUAACGGACGUGCUGCCAUUGCUCUGCGCAUUGAGCGCCUACCUAUUGAAAUCUUUACGUCGGGACAAUGGGAGAGCGGCUAAAAUUACUCUCCUGGGUCCUGGGAGGGCAGGAUUCCUGAGCCCCUACCCCCGCCCCCAUCCCAUCCUCCUCUAGCCCCAGCCUUGCUGGGCUACCCCUUUCCCCAGUCCUGCUCGCCUUCUUCCUGCCUGCGCGGCCUGCACCUGUGCCUGGAGAGCAAGCACCACUCCCGCCUCCCAGGCCUGGAGGCCCCUCCGAGCGCAGCCCCAGGCCUAGGCGGCCGGGGCGAUGCAGCCACCGCUGUAGAAGUCACUGGGGGAAAUGCCAGGGCUGGUCGUGCUUGAGUCCUGGGAACUCUGCGUGGGAGGGAGUUUGUGAGUGCAGCUCAAAAGCCACCUCCAAGCCGUGCCCUGGGAUGCCAGGAAGUUGAGAUUACCCUCCCCCAUAGCCUGUACUUCUGAGCGUCCUUCUGUUGAUCUUUCUUCCCCCUGCGCUCUCUGGAAAGCGGCACCACUGGGAUCCCUCCGUGGGGGAGGCUAAGGAGGAGAAUGGGGAGAGAGGACGCGCAUCCCCUUGGCACCGCCCGAGUGGAGAAAGACGGGUGGGAGAUGUGGCGGGGGUGAGGGCCAAGCUGUGGUUUCCUGCCCGGAGGGCUGAGUAGGGUAGGGAAGAGCGUGGACUCGGCAGUUUACCCAGGCCCGGCCUAGCCUCAGCUCUAGAGGCGGCCGCACUUUCCGAGCAGGAUUUACUUUUUAAAUAGAGCAAAUUAUGUGGAAGCAAGGAGGGUUCUGAGGACACAGCUUUCAGCCUCCUAACUUCUUGUCGGGACAGUGUGAGAAGAGGGUGAGCGAGCAUCGGCAGUCGUGGAGGGAAUAGGGGCAAGCGAAGAGCCAGGUUGGGGAGAAGCCCUAGAGCGGCUGGCGCUGGGGGAAGUGAGCGGGGCAGCGGGAGAACAAUGACACACCAACUCCAGCACGGCCGGUUCCCUGAAGUACCAGUAGGACAGUCGCCCCGAACCACCCUUUCUGCCCUGCCCCACCCCCACACCUCAGCUUCUCGCGCCCCUUCCUCAUUUCAGCGGCGCGCACCAAAAAGUAAAUCAAGAUUAAGUUUAAAGAAGAAAAAAGUCGUAGACUUAGUGCUGUUUACCCACUUCCUUCGAAAAGGCGUGUGGUGUGACCUGUUGCUGCGAGAGGGGAUACAAAGGUUUCUCAGUGGCUGGCAGGCUGGCUGUGGGAGCCGCCUCCCCCUCCCUCUUCCCCCCCGCCUCCCCCGCGCGGCCCGCGGCGCGGCAGGCCCCGCCCCCUUUCAUGCAAAACCGGGCGGCGAGGCUGGGCUCGAGUGGAGGAGCCGCCGCGCGCUGAUUGGUCGCUGGAAACCCAUUUAUUCCCUGACAGCCCCCGUCACAUGGAUGGUUGUCUAUUAACUUGUUCAAAAAAGUAUCAGGAGUUGUCAAGGCAGAGAAGAGAGUGUUUGCAAAAGGGGGAAAGUAGUUUGCUGCCUCUUUAAGACUAGGACUGAGAGAAAGAAGAGGAGAGAGAAAGAAAGAGAGAGAAGUUUGAGCCCCAGGCUUAAGCCUUUCCAAAAAAUAAUAAUAACAAUCAUCGGCGGCGGCAGGAUCGGCCAGAAGAGGAGGGAAGCACUUUUUUGAUCCUGAUUCCAGUUUGCCUCUCUCUCUUUCCUCCCCCAAAUUAUUCUUCGGCUGAUUUUCCUCGCGGAGCCCUGCGCUCCCGACACCCCCGCCCGCCUCCCCUCCUCCUCUCCCCCCGCCCGCGGGCCCCCCAAAGUCCCGGCCGGGCCGAGGGUCGGCGGCCGCCGGCGGGCCGGGCCCGCGCACAGCGCCCGCAUGUACAACAUGAUGGAGACGGAGCUGAAGCCGCCGGGCCCGCAGCAAACUUCGGGGGGCGGCGGCGGCGGCGGCGGCGGCAACUCCACCGCGGCGGCGGCGGGCGGCAACCAGAAGAACAGCCCGGACCGCGUCAAGCGGCCCAUGAACGCCUUCAUGGUGUGGUCCCGCGGGCAGCGGCGCAAGAUGGCCCAAGAGAACCCCAAGAUGCACAACUCGGAGAUCAGCAAGCGUCUGGGCGCCGAGUGGAAACUUUUGUCGGAGACGGAAAAGCGGCCGUUUAUCGACGAGGCCAAGCGGCUGCGAGCGCUGCACAUGAAGGAGCACCCGGAUUAUAAAUACCGGCCCCGGCGGAAAACCAAGACGCUCAUGAAGAAGGAUAAGUACACGCUGCCGGGAGGGCUGCUGGCCCCGGGCGGCAACAGCAUGGCGAGCGGGGUCGGGGUGGGCGCCGGCCUCGGCGCGGGCGUGAACCAACGCAUGGACAGCUACGCGCACAUGAACGGCUGGAGCAACGGCAGCUACAGCAUGAUGCAGGACCAGCUGGGCUACCCACAGCACCCGGGCCUCAACGCGCACGGCGCCGCUCAGAUGCAGCCCAUGCACCGCUACGACGUGAGUGCCCUGCAGUACAACUCCAUGACCAGCUCGCAGACCUACAUGAACGGCUCGCCCACCUACAGCAUGUCCUACUCGCAGCAGGGCACCCCUGGCAUGGCGCUUGGCUCCAUGGGCUCGGUGGUCAAGUCCGAGGCCAGCUCCAGCCCCCCCGUGGUUACCUCUUCCUCCCACUCCAGGGCUCCCUGCCAGGCCGGGGACCUCCGGGACAUGAUCAGCAUGUACCUCCCCGGCGCCGAGGUGCCGGAGCCCGCCGCCCCCAGCAGACUUCACAUGUCCCAGCACUACCAGAGCGGCCCGGUGCCGGGCACGGCCAUUAACGGCACACUACCCCUCUCGCACAUGUGAGGGCCGGACAGUGAACUGGAGGGGGAGAGGGAAGAAAUUUUCAAAGAAAAAGAGGGAAUGGGAGGAAAGUAAGUAACAGCCUGGAGAAAAACCCGGUACGCUCAAAAAACAAAAAGUCAUUACCCACAGCAAAUGACAGCUGCAAAAGAGAACACUAAUCCCAUCCGCGCUCACGCAAAAACCGCGAUGCCGGCAAGAAAACUUUUAUGAGAGAUCCUGGACUUCUUUUUGGGGGACUAUUUUUGUACAGAGAAAACCGGGGGUGGGUGGGGUGGGGAGGGUGAGGGAAUGGACCUUGUAUAGAUCUGGAGGAAAGAAAACUACGCAAAACUUUUUAAAAGUUCUAGUGAUACGGUAGGAGCUUUGCAGAAAGUUUGCAAAAGUCUUUACCAAUAAUAUUUAGAGCUAGUCUCCAAGCGACGAAAAAAUGUUUUAAUAUUUGCAAGCAACUUUUGUACAGUAUUUAUCGAGAUAAACAUGGCAAUCAAAAUGUCCAUUGUUUAUAAGCUGAGAAUUUGCCAAUAUUUUUCAAGGAGAGGCUUCUUGCUGAAUUUUGAUUCUGCAGCUGAAAUUUAGGACAGUUGCAAACGUGGAAGGAAAAGAAAAUUCAGAUUUGGACACUUUAAUUGUUUAAAAAUUGUACAAAAGGAAAAUUAGAAUAAGUAUUGGCAAAACCAUCUCCGUGGUCUUCUUUACAGGGGCAAAAGUUUUAGAGUGUACUAAAUUUUUUUUUUUAAACUUACUGUUACAAACAAAAAUGGCCAUGCAGGUUGACAUCGUUGGUAAUUUAUAAUAGCUUUUGUUUUCCAACUUUCCAUUUUGUUCAGAUAAAAACAUGAAAUUACUGUGUUUGAAAUAUUUUCUUAUGGUUUGUAAUAUUUCUGUAAAUUUAUUGUGAUAUUUUAAGGUUUUUCCCCCUUUUAUUUUCCGUAGUUGUAUUUUAAAUAUUCGGCUCUGUAUUAUUCAAUCAGUCUGCCGAGAAUCCAUGUAUAUAUUUGAACUAAUACCAUCCUUAUAACAGGUACAUUUUCAACUUAAGUUUUUACUCCAUUAUGCACAGUUUGAGAUAAAUAAAUUUUUGAAAUAUGGACACUGAAAUUAUGCUUGAGUCUUUCAUUUAUUUGGAUAACACUGUGAUUAUAACCAGCUCCUUGGGGAAUAUACUGUGCUCAGCCAAGAAAGCGAAGUAUCUAAAACCUUGGUAUUCUAGUCCAGUAACAUGUGUUAAUGUUAACUGCAACAAAUAAAUGGCUGGAUGAUUAAUUGAAUAAGUACUCUUAAAAAAUAGAAAUGCUCCUGUCAUUUCCAAAAUAGAAACUAGGGACAUAUAUUGUAAAUCCACCCCCUCCUUUUCUAAGCAGCAUGAAUAAGCACGAUGGGGACUUACACUGAUUUGUGCCACUUGUUGCCAGAAAAGAGUCAAUUCUGAAAAUUUUCAUGUAGCUUAGCAGAUGGGGUAUUGAGCCAAGUCAGAACCAGGUUGGCUGGUUUUGUUUUCGUUUUCUUCGCAGCACAAUGGCCCUUUGGAAAUGUGGUUAUAGGGGAAAAUGAUGCUUCUUGUAUCGGAAUAAUUGCAAACUAGACAAGCAAAGUGCUCAUCUGCUGGGUGGGUGUUUGGAUUACUCUGGCCCUGCUAUUGUCUGAGAAGAAACAAGUGGUUUGCUUUCUUUGUUCCUUGACUUCAUAAACUUUCUCCUCCACAUUUUUCCAGUUUAGGGGUGAGGGAAACCAAAGAGCGUCUUGCAAAACUCCCUGACUUAUGGCUAUUUAUUAUUAUUAUUUAUUUUCUUUUUUCCUCUCUCUCCCUCCACGAAUUCCAUUUCUUAA